AGUCUUGCCCGGAAGUCAAAGGUUUUCACUCUAACUAACUUCACGCUGGUUCCGCGUGUUGAUACUGAAGAGAGGGUCGACGAGAAACAAGUUUUCGCAUCGCGGAGACACGAAUUCAGGCCAAAACUAGUGGAAAAUGGACAUGAAGAAGAGGGUCUCCUUAGAACUGAGGCACCGGUCGCCGACAGAAGUCCAGGAGCUGGUUCUGGACAACUGUCGCUCCGGCGAAGGAAAGAUCGAAGGAAUCACAGAAGAGUUCUCGAAUCUGGAGCUGCUCAGCCUCAUCAAUGUCGGCCUGACCAGCGUAGCAGACAUCCCCAAACUGGACAAACUUAAAAAGUUGGAGUUGAGUGACAACAGGAUAUCAGGCGGCCUGGAGGUCCUGGCAGAGCGGCUGGUGAACCUAACGCACCUUAACCUCAGUGGGAACAAGUUCAAAGACAUCAGCACCCUGGAGCCCCUGAAAAAGUUGCCCCAGCUGAAGAGUCUCGACCUGUUUAACUGCGAGGUGACCAACCUGGCCGACUACAGGGAGUCCAUCUUCAAGCUCCUCCCCCAGCUCACCUACCUGGACGGCUACGACAUCGAUGACUGCGAGGCGUCCGACUCCGAUGGAGAGGGAGACGGCGUGGAGGACGAGGACGAAGAAGAGGGCGAGUCCGAGAGCUUUGAGGAGGAGGAAGAGGAGGACGAGGAGGACGCAGUGGUCGAAGACGAAGACGAUGAAGACGAGAGCGGCGAUGAUGAGCAGGACGGAGAGGUGAACGGAGACGUGGACAGUGAGGACGACGAGGAGGAUGAGGAAGACGAGGAGGAUGAUGAUGAGGACUCGUCUCCGGCCAAAGGAGAGAAGAGGAAGAGAGACCCGGAAGAUGAGGAUGAUGAAGAUGAUGAUUAAGGACCCUCACACACCCUCCCCCCCGUCAUCACCCAUCAACGCUCGCCCCCCCACCCCCUUCCUCUGACUCCCUCCCUUCCCCCACUCGGUUGACUCCCGGGCUGUGUUCCGUUUCUGAACCUGGUCUGCUCCCGCUGGGCCUUCAUCGGCUCGUCUCCCACAGACCCAAACACCAAUCAGAAACUGUUUUAUAAAAGUUGUUUGUCACCAGAUCCCAAAUAUUCCCCGGUCGCUUCAGUUUCCCUCUAAAUGUGUCUGAGCUGUCACCCGAAACAACUUCCUGCUGACAGAAUUGCUUGCUGGUAUUUGUGUGUUUGUGAACUCAGGAAAAACUCGCAAGGGCUUCAAAUUCACAAACCUGAGCAGAUUUCCCACCGACGAUUCAUUUCCUCAUCGACAAAGCUGCCGAUCGUCGUCUCGACUAAUCGUUUAGUUUGCAAAAUGCCAGAAAAUUCUAAUUUAUCAGAGCAGAAAGUGAAGCCUUCCAACAUUAAAAGUAAUCUGUUAACCAUCAUAAACUGGAAUCUGGGAAUAUUUGGUCUGUUUGUGAGGAAAAUUAUUGAAGUAAUCUGAUUAAAAUCUGAGAGGAAGUUGAAUCUGCCAGAUUUCAUCUCACAAAAGCGACUUUCACUGAGUUUGUUAUCGACUGUGGUGUCAAAUCUGACAAAAGAAUUUGUAGACGACAGAACUUGUGUUCCAAAAUAAAAUAGAUAAAUUAAUAAAACCCACAAAUUAGCAAUCCAGAAGCUCAGGUGUGAGAUAAAACACAUCAGUUUUAUGCAUCAGUACAUUUUUGUUUAGUUAUAAGCAGGUUCAGCAUCACUGAGUGAUACGUGUCCUCAAAGUCCAGUUUGUACAGGAGUCCAGAGAAGACAGACGAAACUUAAUCUCAAGAUUGAGUUAUUUUGUGAUCAAAACAUAAGCUUUUCUUUAAUAUUUUGGGAUCAUAGACGAUCUCUCACAAUAAAAGUUUUAUUUUGUAAUAUUUGUUGAUUAGUGUCAGGGUGUUCAUUUGUACCCCUGAAAACAAAGCUUGAGUUAAGUUUGGGUGGUGUCUGUGGGAGGUGACGGCGCUUUACCUCCUUCCUCCGCCCCCCCCGACGCCCCUGUGUGACAUCACCGCUCUGGGACUGAAUCGGCAGCCGUGAUGUCAUCACCACACUCCCGACAGUCUCUGUGAUGUCAUCAUCCACGGACACUCGCACACACCUUCCCGACAACCGCCGCCCCCACCCUCCCCUCCUCCCCCGAGGCCGAGCGCGCUCAGGGCAAACUGUGUUUUCUGUCUCUCUUGCCAACAGAGCUUUUUAAAAGAAAUAUUUUUUCAGAGAAAUUGUUUUUGUUUAAUUUUGUAUGGUUGUUCGGGGUCUCUCUGUCUCUCUCAGUCUUUCUCUCCAGAGAUCCAGUUGAUCCUUCACGCUUACUGACUAGUUGAAAUUUUGUUUUCUUUUUUGUUUUUUUACUUUCUCUAAGUUAAAGGAAAAACAAACAAACAAACAAACAAAAAACACGUACAAAAAAAGGACUUUGUAAAUAAAAUCUUAACAUUUUG